CAAAAAUUUUGGAAGGGGUUGGUGCUGGCAGGCUAGCUCGGGGUCGCAGAAAAUAGCUAUCGAGUUUGUUUCACCAGUUUUCGUUACUGUGUGCCAUUUGAGCCCUGCUCCACCGACAUUGGACUAUGACAAUGACCGAUUCCAGCGGAACUGCGUCUUCCUGAAUCGUCGUCUUCCGACGGCGUCGGUUACCGCAGCAUGAGCGGCAGCGGUGGUGACGGCGACUCCGCCGCCCCCAACGGCAGCGCCGGGGGCGUCCCGCCCCUGGUGCCGUCCGCCAUGACGUCCUCGACGAGUUCCAACGCGGCCGGCGGCUCGCUGCGACCCCCGAGCAAGCUUCGCCGUCCCACCACGCUCACCAGCUCGGCGGCGGCUGGGGCGGCGACCGCCAGCGCCACCACGGGUCCGUCCCCCCUGAGCAGCGGCGGGUCGGGCGCCAGGACCCCGCUGUCGGCGGCCUCUUCCAUGUCCGCCCUCAACGAUAAGUCCGAGACGGGCGGCCCCUUCAACCACGGCUCGGCGGACGACUUCAUCGUGGGCGACCGCGUGUGGGUGAACGGCACCCGUCCGGGCUACAUCCAGUUCCUGGGCGAGACCCAGUUCGCUACGGGCGACUGGGCGGGCGUGGUUCUGGACGAGCCCGUGGGCAAGAACGACGGCUCGGUCAACGGCGUGCGCUACUUCCAGUGCGAGGCCCGGCGCGGAGUGUUCGCGCGUCCCGAGCGCCUCUCGCGCUUCCCGGGGCCCGGCGCCAACGGCACCAACACCACCGCCACGCUCGUCGGGCCCGGAAAGACGCAGGUGACCACCACGAGAGUGAGCUCCCCUACAGGAAGCACUCGGUCUUCGCCGCGGGCGGUCACCAUGCACACGUUGACCACGACAACCGACUGUGGGUUGCGGGUUGGCGACCGUGUCAUAGUGAACGCCUCCUCGGGCAUGAAGGCUGGCACCCUGCGCUUCAUUGGACCCACAGAGUUCGCCACAGGACAGUGGGCUGGUGUGGAGCUGGAUGACCCUGUCGGCAAGAAUGACGGCUCUGUUGCUGGAAAGAAGUACUUCAGAUGCCUGCCGCGGCAUGGCCUCUUUGCACCCUUGCACAAGGUGGCCCGCGAGGGAGGCCACACCUCGACUACCACGACAACAACCACGCGCACAACGCGCAUCACCUCGCAGCCGCGGCGUGCAGGUAGCCAAGAAUCACUGCGCAGCUCCCUGAGCUCGGCCUCCGCCAGAGCCGGGGUAAGGCUGGGCGUCGCUGCACUAACCUCCCCUGCCAAGAAGUCUACUAAGCCGCUCACCUCACCUAUGGUAGCGUCACAGAACUCCCUACAGGUGGCUCUGAAAGAGAAGGAAGAACAUGUGGAGCAACUGCUUAAGGAGCGUGACCUCGAAAGGGCAGAGGUUGCCAGGGCCGCUGUGCAAGUUGAAGAGACAGAGCAGCAGCUGGCAGCGCUCCGCACGGAACACCAGUGCUAUGCGGAGGAGAUGGAGCAGCGGGCUGCGUCUUUCCACCAGCUCUUGGAGGAGCAUGAGCAGGAGCGAGCACGGCUCAUGGCGCUGAACUCGGACCUCCAAAGGAAAGUGGAAGACCUGCAGUUCCGCUUGGAGGAACAGGAAAUUUUGCAUUCGGACAAUUAUACUGCAGCUACUGCGCAAGCGGAGAAAAUUGCCAGACUUGAGAAGCAGCUACAGGAGUACAAAGACCAGCUGGAGGCAGCCAAACUGCAAAGCAGUGCCCAGGAUGAUGGCAUGCAAGAGCUCAUGGUGCAGUACAAAAGUGAGGUGCAGAACUUAAAGGAAGCCCUGAGCCAAGCCGAAGCCAAGCUGUACACAUUUGAAGCUAAGCAGGUUGAAGACGGAAGCACAAUAGGCAAGCUGCGGGAAGACCUCAUAUCAAGGGAUGAGGCACUGCUCCGACUGGAAGCCUCCCUGGAGCAGAAGUCCAAGGAACUGCUCUGUCUCAGGGACAAUGCGGUCGAGCUUGAGGAGAACCUGCAAGCCUUGAAGGAAAAGGACGAAAGCCAGCAGCAAGUCAUUGAAGAUCUGAACAGCAGGCUAGCAAAGGUGCAAACAGACUACGACUUCCUCAGUGAAGAGUCCCAGAUUAUCAAAAGUGAUGCUGCAGACCAGCAGCGGCUGGUCUCCUCCCUGGAGGAGCAGUGCAGGCAGCUGCAGACCCAGAAGCGGGCCCUGGAGGAAGAGCUGGGCACAGUCAGGCUGGCCGCCAGCGGGGGCUCCAGCCAGGUUGAAGAGCUCAACAGCCGACUGCAGGAGAAGGAGAGGCUGGUGGAAAACCUGGAGGCCCAGGUGCGCACCCUGUCCCAAGAAGGCGACAAGGCCCGACAAGAGGUGGCCCAGCUCACCGAGAGGCAUCAGUCUGCGGCCGAGCGCACCACGGCCGAGCACGCCCGGGAGAUUGCCUCACUGCAGCAGAGGCUGGCUGACCUGGAGGGCAAGCUGGAGGAGCGUGUGCAGCGUUGCCGGACUCUGGAGCAGUCCAACAAUGAAGCUCAAGUAGAACUGGAGAGCCAGCUGCGGUCGUGGCAGGACAAGCUGGCCGCCGCGGAGCAGCAGGCCCAGAGGCUCACCCAGGAGCUCGAACAGACUCGAGAACUGCUGGCCGAGGAGCGGCGCCUGCGUGACAUCCAGAGCCAGGACCUGGGUUCAGAGGUUUCUGAGCAUGAACGCCAGCUCGUGGUAGCCAGGGCGGAGAUGGAACGCCUCAAGGCCGAGUUUGACGCUCACCGGGAAGACUUGGCACGUCAGGUCACCGAGACCAGAGAGAAUGAAGCCCGGGCCGUUGAGGAACUUCGCCAAGAAAUGGAGAGCCAGAUAAGUGUCGUCAACGAAUUGCGGCAGCUCCUGUCGAAGACUGAAGAAGAGAGGCGGGCUCUCGCAGAACGCAACACUCAACUUGAGGAGCAGCUUGCACAGGCCAGUGCCGCACAGAAGAACGCUGAUGAUGGCAGCGCAGCAGAGAUCAAGGCCCUCAAGAGCCAGCUUGAGAACCUGCAAAACAGCAUGCAACCCCUCUGGAAUGCCAUCUGGGCCCUUGUUGCCUUUUCGCUCUUCUGCGUCGCCUACAUCAUGCGCUGAGUGCACACUUAAGCCAUGCAGUGCUGCCUUGCCCGAAACUGCGCGCUGUUGCAUUCGUUGGCGACCAACAGGCCUCUAUUUAUAUCCUCUCUGACAGACAUUGUGCAAAAUGUUUCGAGACGGGCUUUCUCUACAAGGACCAGAGCACGAUGGGGGACGUUUCUUGAAAUACGCUGCAGCACAAUGAAAUUGAGGGUGAUAGCGUAGCACAUACUCAUGCCCUUGCAGCCUUGCCCUUGCUUAGAGCGGUGUCUCUCAGAGAGUGGCUUAGAGAACGCUAUGCGUCCACAGGAGAGUUCAAAAGUGUAUGCAGGCAUCGCUUCAGAAGCAGAACUCUAACGGGAAAACACUCUAACGUGUGGCUCUCUCUUCGCUAGUACUUUUAUAUGCAAGUGCUCAUGGCUGAAGCUGUGUCAAUGCACUAUACAGGUGUGCAGAAAAUUUUCAGUGCCAGCAACCACAAGUCGUCUGCUUCAAAGCCGGGCAAUUGUGCACUUGCCACAGGGAAGAAUUAGUGCAUGUCCUACACACACGUGUUCCUUUCAACAGCAGAUCAUGCUGUACGUGCUCGCAAUGCCUCACGAACUAGCCUAAUAAAAUGAGAAGUGCAACUCCUAUGGGGGAUCACAUCAACCUCUCUGUGUGAAGUAGUGUUCUGCGCAUUAGUCUAGAUCAAACCUAAGGUGUAAAAGAAUGUCACUGUUGACCCUUGCUUUCGGCUUCGAGGGUUCACACUGUAACCUGGCCUUAGCACUCUAUUUCUGCAUAGGCUGCGAGCAUAAUACAGUUUCCGCUGCAACCGGACCAUCUUUCAGUUUCUUUGGCAGUAGCUCAAUAUUCUUUUUCCUGUUCCACUUGAAACAGGCAAAGAUGCUCGCCAGGUCCCUAAAUAAUUGGCGAUUGGUUCAAGGGGCCCAUGAUGGCCGGGUUUAAAAUUACUGGUUUCAAGAAAGUGCACUACCCACUUGCUGAUGGCAUUCAAUAUAUGUAGAGAAUGGUACUUGUAAGAUUUUGUACUUUGUCUGUCGGUACUGCUUUGUUUACAUUCUCUAUACAUUGCUUCCUCCAAGCAAUGCCUUGCGUGGAGACUGCGCUGUUCUUUUGUUGAUGCCAUGAAGCUUUUGAUGAACCCUUGAGACGACCGAUGAAUGAACGCAAUGUUUUCAUGGUAGCUGUGAUUACUUUAGAGCAGUCACGGAUGUGCCCUUUCCUUUUUUUGUAUCUUUCAUGUUGUAGCGCUUGCAGCAUGAGAUGAUUAAGCCUGUUUUGUUGUCAUGUUACCUGUCACUUUACUACGACUUCAUACAUGUUUACAUGUUGAUGAACAGGCGGCUUCUCUUGUUUGCCAGCUGUUAACCAAUUCAAAUCUUUUAUCAUCUUAUGACCCCUUCUUUGUUUGGAUGUUCACAUAGUGCUUCAUGAUUUGCCUUGCCUUAGGUCAACAUGUGCUGCUGUUACAAUAGUUUGAAAGCUUGUUUUCUAUCAUAGAUCACACUCGUGAAGCAACGGAAUCCUACUUGCGUGUGCGUAGCUAACUUACAUGGCUCCCAGCAGUUACUGAGGCUGUUUUACAAUACUUGCCAUUGACGGCUAAGUAGACAGCUAAGCAUAUAGUGGCUCUCUUAAGCCUCAUUAUAAUUCUGAUUUCGCUGGCAAGAGAGAUAGCUUCACAAUAACAGCAUCAAAGUCAAAAACAAUGCACGCUACUUUGUUGUCUAAACAAGAUGGCGGCUGAGCAGAGUUCUUUUAGCUGGCUUCCAAGUUGUAGUAAUGUCUUCCAAGCACAUUCGAUUGCUUGGGCGUGGAGCUGUCUUUCCAGCAACCAAAGUAGACUGCCUGCAGUGCUGACCAGAAUUGGAAUGUACCCUAAGUGUCCAAAAUGUUGAAGCUGCGAGCAUUUUUAGUAAGGUGUUCAGGCUGAAAAGGAUGUCCAUGAGAUUUUGUAAUUGUCACAGUUCCUAGGAAGAGUGAUGCUUCAUUUCGCAGGGGGUUGAAAUGAGGUCAUAUGUUCAGGUGUGUGUGCUGAUUUUGUGCUGUUUCAUGCAUUUCCAGUGCUGAGGAAGUUUGUAGUGUUACUGUGUUCCUCUCCUAGUACUUGCUAGCUGCCUGUGCAUGACAUGUUGACAAUAGCGCACCACGGAAGCCAGUAGUAGAACAAGUAUGCUUUAUUUUCAAGCUCUGUAGUCCCUGCUCGCGUACGUGUGGGAAUGAGCGUGGAAGAUUAAGAUGUGAAGUCACUAUUAUGUGUGAAAUAUGUGAAAUGGUGGCUGAAAGGUUAUACAGUUGAACCUCGAUAUAACCAAGUUGUACUUGCAGUGAAAAACUUUGCGAAGUCGCAAAUUUCGUUAAUUACAGGUUUUAACGUUUCAGCAUUAUUUUUAAAGUUUAAGCAUUAGAAAUAACUUCGCGAAUUCCCAGAGCCUUCUGGGUGGAUAAUAUCUUGUUAGCGAGCACUUAUAAACAUAUUGCAAGAAGGUCGUGCCAUAAUAGCACGGUUAUGAUUACCAGGACAUGUGGUGCAGAUCGCACCGAGAGCAAUGCAUCGACGGGGCUCACGGCGGCCAAUAUUUGCAUGUGUUGUCUCGUGCGGUGCUGCACAUCUUGGAGGCCAUAGCUGACAGCGCUUAGUGCCCACAGCUGGCGCCCACAAAUUAAAAAGUGUAAAAAGAUAUUGAUAUUGGUCCCAGGCAAAAAAGAAAAGAAAAGUCGGUUUCGCCAGAAAGAUGGAGCAUUGAGGAUGAUAGCAAAUAGACUAAAUGAAUUAAGGUUCGUAGCUUUUUAUCGGCGUCACGCGCGCUCAAGCAAGUGCUAAUACAUCUCACUCAAUGACCACAAACUCGCAGUCACAACGUGAGUCAGCGCUUUGUACUGUGUCUCGGAAAGUUGAGGUUAUGCGACCAUCAACACUAGAUGCACAGAGAACAACAAAAUGCGUGAGAAGCCACCAUCCAUUUUGGCUUGCCAUGGAGAGAUUACCUCCAAGAUUGAUCCGGCACAUGGCCCGCGCACAGACGCGUGUGAAGAUGGAGAAGGCAGAUAGGCGCGUGUUUCUGCCCCUCCCCGCCAGCACGUGCUUGAUCAUGUUAUUGCGCGUUCACUCCCUCUGUACCUUCUUUGCCCAGAAAUAAUCGUCAGCUCUUGUGUUUCUCCGUGGUGUUUCCUGCCUACCGUGUCCCGGCGCACGCACUUUGACAGCGGAUUGGCCGCGCUGUCACGGUUUUCAGUGCAACUAUGAUCGGGAAAUGAAAAUAGUUCAUUACAUCCCGGAUUUCGUUAAAUCGAGGUUCAUUAUAUAAAGCUUUGACUGAACUACAAAGCUUGAAAACACAGAUGAGAAAAUUAGGUUAAACAGAAAUGCCGAAGUGAUGAAAUUAACUACCAUGCGAGGGGAAUACCUUGAACUAAACUUGAUAUUACGAUUGGCGAUUGACAAGAUGGUUCACAGAAUCAUAGCUCAUCUUCAAUGCACAAUGGCUGAACUGUAUUAGUUCGACAAAUAUGCAGCAAUUAAAACAACAUUAGAUGGGAAAUAGGCUAACAAAGAAGGACACAGUGCGAAAUAAAUAUGGUCUAACUUCCAUAUUUGGAACUACAUCAGAAGCAGCAAAGCUGUUCAAUUUUUUUUAAUGAAACAAAACACUCUAUUUGCUGCUUUACAGCUGUUAAAUAACUACUGUGACUGGUGAAGCUAUUUGUCAAGGAACCCUUGGCCUGUUCAAUGACUCAUGUGCAAUGAGAGCUCGUGCAGUAAACUGAAUUUUGCUGGGUAUGUGUUUAAACAGACACUAAAGAGAAAUAUAAUUUGAGUUUUUCUAGUAAAUUACCCUUUGACAGUAUCAAGAAAGUGCCUCUUAUCGUGAGAAGAAGCUUGUUAACCAGAAAGACGGAAAGUGAAAGACGUGUGGCGACUCGUCCUUAAAAUGCUCGCACCAACGUGUGACAUCACGAAAUUUCACGGUCUGUGCUUGGACAUAGUGGAACAUUUAUAAAUAAACACACUACAUUGUAUUCUAAGAAAGUCAGAGACUGAGCUAAGGAAGCUUAAAGAGCUUUUGCCGAGACACAAGGGCUCAAACCCACCCAAAAAAUACCUUGAAAUCCACGAUGUCACGCUGAUAUACUGUCACUCAGGCUUUGGCGUAAAAUUAGAGAAAUCAAACUUGGACCUUCAUUUUAUGUUCUAAUAAUAAACAUAGUACCCUGAAAUUAAUGAAAAUAGUGUUUUGAAGUUUUACUUUAUUAGUCUAAACUGAUUUACUAUUUCUCUUUAGUGUCCGUUGAAAGGGAAUCGACACUUCUAUGGGAGGUGUGUUGAAAAUGUCAGCUGAGUCCUCUACAAGUCAGUUGUGCAUUUUACGUGAUCAUUUUUGCUCACUAUAAUUGUGUGCAGCCUUUGGCUGAGCCGCUCAUGAGCUGGUGGGAAGCCAUAAGGAACAAACGCUUGGAUCAUGCAUAUCAUGUGCUAACACAUCAUACGAGGAAGAACAUAACAUUGCUUAUUAUACUAAUUGUUUCCCGUGUCUUGGCAUCCUGCGAGGCUGCGCUUUUGCUUUUCACUUGUGUGGCUGGGAACUGUAUUUCAUCACUCUAACCAACCAAGCUUGUUUACCGAAAUGCUGUAGUAAUGUCUUAAAAGAUCAUUGUCAUGUUGCUGGGCAUCUUAAUUAGUGCAGCAGGUGCAAGGCAGUAAUUGGCAUCUGUUUGUGAUUGCCUGUGCAGACGAACAAAAAUUUUUAGUACGCGGAGGCAUCUUUCAGUUGAGUUGGUGGUGGCACACUGAUCUAUUGUUAGACAACUAUGGCAUUGUCAGAACCCAGCUUUCCUGGUUUAAAAGCUCAAGACUGGUAUGCCAUGAAAUUGUGAUAACCAGACAAAAUUGUUUAAGAAGUUUCAGUCCUUCACUGUUUUGGGGCAGUGGCACUACCAGUUCUGUUAACUAGGAGGCUGACAGGCCAUACUGGCCCAAAACCUGACUGACAACUCGGAAAAACCAGAUGGACCUCAGGCGAAUUGGUGUACGGGAAACCUCUCAGGUGGAGUUCCAAGUUGUCAGACAAUUUGACUGUGAAUUCCUUGCUUGUCACAUUGUCUCAACCUCCUUGUUGACUAAACAUUUACUAACAGUUUAGUGCCACUACACCAAUAUUGCAUGGUAAGUCGAACACAAGAUCUUCAGUCAGUAAACGCUAUGAACGUCUAUUUGUUGUUUGGACUGUCCACACUUAUUGCCAACAGUAAGAAACCUGUCCUCCCGCAAUAUCUCAUUCGAAUGUCUUCUGUCAUUGAAGACAUUGCAUUUGAGUUGUCGAUACUCACAUUGAAUUACUAGCAUUGGAGGCUAAUAAUUUCAUUUAGCACUGGCAGUUGAGUGUCACAAACAUGUAUUGGCUCUUAUUUGCUAUGAGCAUUCCUUACUACUAGUGCAAUCUGUAGGAGCUUUUUAUUGUAACAAGUCCCCAUGUGGAAUCAGCGGCUCCGUGUUUUGGAUGACACCGUCUGAUUUUACAGUGUUGCAUAUCUCCUUCCCUCUUUGGAAUUACAUUUUUUCAAUUGUGAUUAAAGAUGUACCAGUGCUUUAAGAGCACGCUAGUUCUAUGUCAAUUACUGCCUUGCAUAUAUCUUGUCUCUUCUCCAUCUGGGAGGUUUCCCUUCUUCCAGUUCGCUUUAAUGCUGCAUUUUUGUUUAUGCAUGCCCCAGCCCAAUUUUGUUUUUGUUUUCUGUCGACGCUUUCCUUCUAGGCUUGCCACAUCCAUCUGUACUUCUAUCAGUACUUGCUGCCUGAAGUGACCACAAGGGCUUUGUCAUACUAACUAUGAGCUGUUGUCUGUUGUUGUCUUAGAAUUCUUAAUAUUUUUUCGAUAUUGUCUGGCUUUUAUAGCCAUCACAAAGCGCAGUACAGGGACUGUGGCAUUUCGCCUUGUUUGUGAUGGAAAUCCAUGCUGACAACUCAAGAGUUGUGCGUGCGCUUCAGUGGUGAAAGGGACUUCCAAUGCAUGCAGUUUAACCAUCUGUGUUCAUGUGUUCAUGCCAAUGAACUUUUGUGAGACGAGCAGGGGAAUGACAUGGUGGAUGCAAGAGGUGUGAGGUGUGCCAGCCAGAAGGAAGAUUUAAUACAUCUUGUUUUUACCUGUGUGUGAAUUCUUGUAUUCAGAGUCGUGCGGCUGGAAAGGGUGAAACCGGUGGAAUUGAUGUUGUUCACCUCUGUGACUAACUGGAGAAUUGUUAAUGCCUUUAUACACAUAUCCUAGCACAAGCUAAGGCUGCUUGCAAAAAUGCCAUCUGUUCCGGAAUGAUUAUGUUGUUGGUGUUUUUUAACAUAGAAUUUAGUUGGCAAGAUAACAAAUGGUUUUAAGCCUGGACUUAGCUGUUGAAAAUCGGGCAGUAGUUUGACUCUGUCUCAGUAGUUUUGUGCAGCGUGCAGUCAGUACAUGAAUUUGCAUAUUCUGUGGCCCAGCGUAUGCGUCUGCUGUUUUCACUUUACAAAGAAGUGCAUUUUGAGAAUUCGAGCAUUAUUCGACAGUGUCAUCAAGUGGCACAACAAUGUUUUGUGGUGUGCAAAAACCAGUUGAGGGGUUUUUCCUCCUUUGCUAUUUAUUGCCAUAGUUCCCUUGUACCUGUGAGAAGUUUCUGUGAAAAUGGUUGUUUGCAUCAUAGGAAUGCAUACCCAAAACAUUACAGCAGUGCCGAUCACCGGUUACUGAAGUGAAACCUGCUUUUACUUAGCUUUCCAGGCUAGUGUAUCUUGCAGUUUCAAUUUAUUUUGUCAUUGUCAAGGGUAUGCCUUUUUGGCUUUAUCUGUACUCCAAAAUGUGCACUGUGACUCUUGAUUCCAAAAUAAUUCUAGAUGCACAUUUGCUGACCUAUUGAAGAAAACAAGCUUUUCCAAACAGCUCCUCUUGGAGUUUACUGAAGCAUUUGAUUACUUUUGUAAAAGAUCUGUUCAUUUCUGAUCUCAAACAGUUACAGCCAAGACUGUGCUCUGCAUUGCAGCACGCUUAACUAAUGAGACAGAGCCCACAUAUACUGCUAUAGUCAUCAUGGUUAGAGACAUUGUUAAAGAAUUGCUGAUUGGUUAAUGCCAUGUCAGGUUGAGUCGAGAUAGUUUGAGGUCGUUUGAAGCAAGCUUGUUCUUUGUGCAUGUGAUCAAAAAAUAGCACCCAUCUUACCACGUUGCAAAUAUGAACGGUUACGUCAUACUCUGCCACGCAAUAAAAGGCAGCGCUUUGAAACGUG